UUAAUGAGGCGUUUAUUCUUACAAGAACACUGCUAAAACUCCUUCGGUUAUCAUCAUCAUCAGCUCAAUGUAACUACACCACUCUGCCUGUGGUGGCGCUCUUAACUGCCGUUAGGGGUGCUGGACCAAUAUUUGUACAAAGAAAAUGAAUGGAUUAAUUUUACGAUGCACUGUAAAAACAAGCCAUUUACAGACACACUGUUAAUCGGAAAUGAUACUCACCUGUCAGCGGGAAAGAUAAAGGUGGAUUCAACACACACACACACACACACACACGCGUUCAGUCAGUCUCCCUCUCUUAUACACACAAUACAAAGUCACUGUAACAUUCACCAUGCUUGCCGCUGGAUGCUCUUAGACCGACGCAUCCACCUCACCGUCGGGUCUGAAAGGGAUUUCAACAUUGCAUUCAUCGGUCCGUCUCUUUAUCCUCAUGGCUUCAUCGGGUGGAAUAGAGAAAUGUGUUCUGCACAGAGGCAGAUCACAAAGUGACCCGAACAUCCUCAGCGAGACUGGCAUUGAUCUCGAGCACAGCGCAGAGCCACAUCCUUCAAUGCACAUAUGAUACAGGUUUCAAACGAGAUCUUUGGCAACAUUGACUUGGCGUGUUUGAUACUAUGUGCCGAUGGCCUUCAUUCCGCACUGAGACUGCGCAUCCACUGUCUGCUGCCUCUUCAACAGAGCAGAUGUGAUGGAGCAGCAAAAGGUGCUUUGCUCCAGUUGUUUGGUGAGUGGAGUCCACACCCCUCCCAUCCGUCGCCACAGCAAGUUAGCCACGCUGGGGCGCAUUUUCAGGCCGUGGAAAUGGAGGAAAAAGAAAAACGAAAAGCUGAAACAGAGCUCUACAGAUGUGGCCUUGGCCCGUGGACUUCACUCUCCAGACCUGAGCUUUCCCAUCCAGAGCAUGGGAGAGCUGCCUGGCUGUCAGGGGCCCAUUCUCAGCAUCAGUAGCAUGGAGUGCCUCAGCUCAGAACAAGACAAUCUCCCUACAGUGGUAGAUUCAGUACAGGAUGACGAGGCAACAGAAGAGCCAAAUUCAAAUGAGGAGGAGGAAGAGGAAGAGGAGGAGGAGGAGGCCAUUUCAUGUGUAAAUGAGAAUGAGGAUGUUGAAGAAGAUGCAGAGGACCGAGAGGCAGAUGAGGAUGAGGAACCGCAGGAACAGUCUCCUCCAAGCAGUCAUUGCAAUCUCGUCUCUCAGCUUAGUACUGAGGAAGACAUGGGUAAAGUCAUCAUCGCAACUGUGCCUCAGUCAAACUCUUUUCUCACAAAAGAACUGCCUAGAGUCCCUGACGGCCCCAGUCCUGUGGUUUUAAGAGGGCCUUUUAGUAAUGCUGUGGUUUCACCACAGAUAGGCAGCAUACAUCCUCCGCUGCCCCCUAGCUGUAUAAUAGAGGAACUGCACCGAGCCCUGGCCACAAAGCUCAGACAAGAAAGCAUCGAGCGGGAGUCUAGUGGAGAACCUGAGAACAGAAAGGAAUCAGACGAAAACAAGGAAAAUGUUAGACAGGACCACUGCUUCACUGAUGCUUCAGAAAUAAUUUAUGACAUUGACAGCUGGAAUGAAUCUGUCAUUUCUGGUACAUUGCCAAGGAGGAUGAGGAAGGAGCUGCUGGCUGUAAAGCUUCGGAACCGCCCCAGCAAACAGGAGCUGGAGGACAGGAAUAUUUUCCCUACACGGAGUGACCAGGAAAGACAGGAGAUCCGUCAGCAGAUCGAAAUGAAGCUUGCCAAGAGACUCAGUCAGCGGCCGGCCGUUGAAGAGCUGGAGAGCAGAAAUAUUUUAAAACAGAGAAACGACCAGACAGAGCAAGAGGAAAGAAGAGAGAUCAAACAGAGGCUAAACAGAAAGCUCAACCAGAGGCCAACGGUCGAUGAACUUAGGGAAAGAAAGAUUCUCAUCCGCUUCAGUGACUAUGUCGAGGUGGCCAAAGCCCAGGAUUAUGACAGAAGAGCUGACAAACCCUGGACAAGACUGUCUGCAGCUGACAAGGCGGCCAUCCGCAAAGAGUUGAAUGAGUUUAAAAGCACUGAAAUGGAGGUACAUGCUUCAAGCAAGCACCUAACGAGGUUUCACAGGCCCUAAGAGGGGGUUUUCUUCUGUGAAGAAACUACUGAAUGUGGUAUUCAUAUUAAAAUCCUGGAGGUACCUCUUCCAGAGCCGUGGCAUUGUCCAUGGGGUUCUCUUAUUCUUCCAGCGCCCUGGGCCAAGGUUUGGGUGUGGUUAAUGCUGGAGGCUGUCUCCACUGCGGGUGGUCGCCGGGAGAAACCUGAGAAACACCUGCGGCUACAUUUAACCUGAAGCUGAUAGAGUGGGAGCAGCAGGAGACUUAAGUUUUUGAUGUUUUUGAACCAGACUGCAUUUCAUUGACCGCUAAGAAAAAAUGAAUCCGAUCUGGGUAAAUGUUUGUGUACAUGUAACCAGCUCUGCUGUGAAAAAGGUUCAAAAAGUAACAAAAAAAAAAAAAGGAAAAAGGAAAAACUAACAAAAAAAAAACCUUGAGGGUUAAUAAGCCUGCUUUAAAUGAAUUUCAUAUUUACUGUACAAAAGUCAGUUUGAACAGGGUUGUUCAUCAUCAUUUGGGGGGGGAAAAACUUUGAAAGCACUACUUGUCUUUAAAAUACAAAACUUUUGGAAAUA